UUACAAUUCCUUUCCAGAAUCCAGCUGAUCGCUGAAGGAGCCAUGUAAGCCAACGUUCUAAACAUCAGCAACGCCUACGCAUUCAAAAACUUCCACUUUUCUUGCUCCGGAAGCCCUGGAAAUUUGUCUGUGCCUGCGAUCAUACUUAAAGAAGAAAACAGUCAAAAGCUUGGGCAACCAUGGGCAGUCUGAAUCAGAGGAAACCAAGAUUUCUCUGCCUUCAUGGCUUCAGAACCAGCGCCGAAAUUCUCAAGAAGCAGGUCGUCGGGAAAUGGCCAUCAUCAGUGGUGGAAAAAUUGGAUCUUGUCUUCGUAGAUGCACCGUUUCCUUGCCAGGGCAAAUCUGAUGUGGAGGGCAUCUUUGAUCCUCCUUAUUAUGAGUGGUUCCAGUUCAACAAGGAAUUCACAGAGUAUCAGAAUUUUGACAACUGCCUUGCUUUCAUUGAAGAUUGCAUGAUAAAAUAUGGGCCUUUUGAUGGUCUUCUUGGUUUCUCCCAGGGUGCAAUGUUGUCAGCAGCAUUGCCUGGGUUACAAGAGAAGGGAGUGGGCCUUGCAAAUGUGCCCAAGAUUAGAUAUCUUAUAAUAAUUGGAGGAGCAAAGCUAAAGAACCAAGCAAUUGCAGAAAAGGCAUACUCAUUGCCUAUUAAAUGCCCCUCUGUUCAUUUCAUAGGAAAGGAGGACUUCCUUAAGGAAUAUGGAAGUGAACUCCUCGAAUCAUUUGUGGAUCCCCUGGUUAUUCAUCACCCUAAAGGUCACACGAUACCACGAUUUGACGAGGAAGGUUUACAGCAGAUGCUUUCAUUCCUAGAAAGUAUUCAAGGGGAUAUCAGUAUGUCAGAAGAAAAGCAAACAGAAAUUGCAAAGAAACAUUCUUAGUUGCUCAAUGCUGAAAAUCUUGCAAUAAUUUUGUGGAUGGUUACUCUCUGGGGGCAGGUUUUUACUGCAUUGUUACUGUCAUUGACUUUCUAUAAACAGUCUUACAGAGUUAUUGGAAGAAUCUCUAUAGCAUUAUUAUGUUCAAUCAAUUUUUUCCCAUCAUUUUUCCA